AAUACAACAAAAAAAAAAACGAAAAAAAUAACAACAAAUAUUAAUAUAAUUUAUAUUAAUAAAAAUUAAAUACAUAAUUUGUUGUGGUUUUGCAAAUUGCUUGAAUUCACACAAGUUGAGCACAAACAAACAACAAGAAGAAAUUUUUAUUAAUUUUAAUUUGGCUAUUUUUCCAACACUUUAAUCUCGGUCGCUUUUAUAUUGUACAACGCCAGAGAAAAUUAUUGGCAGCGUUUUUUACUCAGCCGCUGCCGUGAAAAUCCACAACUAUACUGGAUAGUUAUUUUAAAGCGUCGCGUAUGUCGCAUAGUUGUCAGUUUUUGAAAGACAAUCGUGUCAGGCGAAUCCUUCAAGCUGAACUCCUCAAAACCUCCAUUGCCGCCAACAGCGAAACUCCUCAAGACACAGCUACAAAACGACGACUGCGAAUUGCAAUCGUUUGCGAAUGCCAUACGAAAUCAUAGUACGACAACGCCAUUAAAUCGUGCGCGUGAAACACGUCUAUCAUCGGCCGCCCUCAGACGUCAUCAGCUGAAAAUGUCCUUAAAACAGGGUAGACCACCACCAGCACCCUCCUCGGGGGCAGCCGGUGUUCAAUUGAAUAUGUCUGCACAGGGAUUAAGUAAAAUACCGACAGUUACGACGGGCUAUGAUAACGAGAAGCAUAACGGCUCAAGGAAUAAUAACGCGUCUGUAAAUCAAACAAAAUUCAUACGUUCGGAUAUGGCGGAUGUGCCGGCCCAACAAGCUGCAGGCUCAACCCUGCCUUUAGUGAUAUCAAGGAAAAAGGGCGGCAGUGCAGAUGAUUCGGAAGAUGUUAAUUAUAAUCCGUUCGAGCACCGGAAAGUCGAGCAUCCAACUUCCGAUUCGGAAACCCUUAUCCAUCUGCUCAAGGGUUCUUUGGGUUCCGGUAUUUUGGCCAUGCCCAUGGCUUUCCUUAAUUCCGGUCUAUGGUUUGGUUUAGUCGCCACCUUUGUCGUCGGUGCCAUUUGCACUUAUUGUGUUCACAUUCUGGUUAAAUGUGCUCACAUCCUGUGCCGAAGACGUAAAAUACCCAUGAUGGGGUUUGCCGAUGUUGCCGAACAGGCUUUCUUAGAUGGUCCGCCCAAUUUGCAGCGCUGGUCGCGUUUUAUACGUUUCAUGGUGAAUACAUUUCUGGUUAUCGAUCUAAUCGGUUGCUGUUGUAUUUAUCUGGUGUUCGUGGGAACAAAUGUUAAACAAGUGGUGGAUUAUUAUACCGAAGAUGGCAGUGAGAUGGGCAUACGUAUUUGGAUUAUAAUUGUAACUUGUCCCCUGUUGCUGAUGUGUUUGGUGAGAAAUUUAAAAUAUUUAACUCCAUUCUCUAUGGUGGCCAAUCUGCUGAUGUUUGUGGGUAUUAUUAUUACGUUCACCUAUAUAUUUGAUGAUAUGCCAACGCCCAGCGAACGUGUUGGUGUGGCUGACUUUACACAAUGGCCAUUGUUCUUCGGUACUGUGAUCUUUGCCUUGGAAGGUAUUGGUGUAGUUAUGUCCUUGGAGAAUGACAUGAAGAACCCCAAUCAUUUUAUUGGUUGUCCCUCGGUAUUGAAUAUUGGUAUGGGUACUGUGAUUACCUUGUAUACGUUGGUGGGUUUCUUUGGCUAUUUGAAGUAUGGUUCGGACACGGAGGGUAGUAUUACCUUGAAUUUGCCAGUGGAAGAUAAAUUGGCUCAAUCGGUUAAAUUGAUGAUUGCUAUUGCCAUAUUCUUUACUUUCACGUUGCAGUUCUAUGUGCCCACCAGUAUUAUCUGGAAGGGUAUUCAACAUAAAAUCGCUCCCGAAAAACAAAAUAUGUCAGAAUAUGCUUUAAGAAUUGUGUUGGUGAUAAUUUGCGGUGCCAUUGCUGUUGCUCUACCCAAUUUGGGUCCAUUCAUUUCCCUUAUCGGUGCUGUGUGCCUAAGUACUUUGGGCAUGAUUGUGCCAUCCAUUAUAGAAUUGGCUGUGUAUAAUGAAGAUCCCGGUUAUGGACGUUUCAAUUGGCGUUUAUGGAAAAAUAUUCUACUAAUUUGCUUUGGCAUUUUGGGCUUUGUAACGGGUACCUAUGUCAGUAUAUUAGAAUUCCGUGCUGAAUUCAGUAGUAAAGAUUAAUUUAAGUUUUUAAGUAUUCUGUGUUAAUUUUGUUUUAACAAAUAUUAUGAUAAAAAAAAUAAUGAGAAAAAUAACCUUUUAAUAAUUAAUUUAUAAAUUUGUUUGUAUAUUUAUAAACAAAAAAAUAAAACAAAAGAGAAAUAAAUAUAUAAAUAUUUAAAAAUUAAACAACAAAAAAAAAACAAAGUAUAUACUAACAUUUAACCAUAGACACAAAGAAAACUGCAAUUUAUGCAGACAGGGAUUCUAAUUGUAACAAAGUAACUCAAAUUUAUAUAUAAAAUAUUUAUUUAACCAAUCAAAAUAAUGGAAAAACAUAACCAAAUUAUGAUUAAAGCCACAAAGAUCUUUACAAUAGUUUUAUGAAAAGAAAAACAGUUUACAGUUGUAUUUAGAAAAAGGGAAAAUUAACUCAGGUUUCUAUAAAUAAAUUUUAAUAAUUCAAAACAUCAUUUUUAUUUGUUGCUACCAAACAUUUUGUUUAACAGCUGUUUGCAAUUGUUUGCCUUUACUUAAAUGUUGUAGGCUUAACUAAAUAUUUGUGGAAAUCUUAUAAUUUAUAUAUGACUGUAAAUUAGUUUUUGUGCAAAAGUUAGCUUAAGUUUUUAAUAGAAUAUUUUUUUUAAACAUCAUUUUGAAAAUAACAUAACAGCAUAAACUGAAAAUGUACUAACCAAAUAGUAAUUGGCAAAUAUGUAUAAACUAAUACCUUUAAUUUCAAUUUAUAAUUGCCCAAUUCACAAUUGAUAUCGUAAGUGUUGUAGCAUUGUAUGUCAUAAAUAUUUUUCAAACAAAUUUUUCGAAACAAAAACAAAUCAUUAAUAAAAAAAAUUACGACAUACAACGAUACAACGCUACGACACCAAUUGUGAAUUGGGCAAAUGUUUUGAAUCUAAUCCAUGUUGAUACUGAUAAUUCCUUGAUGACUUUGUCAGUAACAGAACUAAAAAUGCUAUGAAAAAGUAACAAAUUUGAAUGAAAUAUUAAAUUUUAUACAAAAAAUUCAUAUUUUUUUAUAAAGUUCAAAAGUAGUUCUCUAAAAGAAGUUGAGUUCAUCAAGCUGACUUUUUUAUUCCAAUUGAUCACUAAAUUUACCCAAGAGUUUCUCCAGAUUCUCAUUUAUAUUUCUCUUGUAUUUUUUUAAUGAUUGUUGUUAUUGUAACAGUUCAACUGUUAACGAGAGUUGUUUUUGGUUUUGCCUGUCAUUAAGUUUACAAUCCUUGAUGACUUUGUAAUAGUACAAAAACUUUGUUAUGAAAAACUGAAAAAUUGUCUAAUUUUUGUUCUAGUUUUCUUAGAACAGUUGUUCAAAAUCUUGUUCUUAUCUAAAAAAAUUUUAAAAGUUGGAUCCAUCAAGCUGACUUUUUUAUUCCAAUUGAUCACUAAAUUUACCCAAAAGUUUCUCUAGAUUCUCAUUUAUAUUUCUGACAUAUGUAAGAACUAAAAAUGCUAUGAAAAAGUAACAAAUUUUAAUGAAAUAUUAAAUUUUAUACAAAAAAUUCAUAUUUUUUUAUAAAGUUCAAAAGUAUUCUCUAAAAGAAGUUGAGUCCAUCAAGCUGACUUUUUUAUUCCAAUUGAUCACUAAAUUUACCCAAGAGUUUCUCCAGAUUCUCAUUUAUAUUUCUCUUGUAUUUUUUUAAUGAUUAUUGUUAUUGUAACAGUUCAACUGUUAACGAGAGUUGUUUUCGGUUUCUAUAGCUGUCGCUAAGAGAGACUCGUGUCCUUUCGGAAUUUACAUCUAGUUUAAAACCACUUGAUCUACUAAAACCAACCAAAAUCUUGAGAUGUUUACUUCCUAAAAUGUCUCACUUAAUUCUACUUGUCUUUUUGUUGCUGAGAUUUCUUGCCUGGGGAAAUCAAAUUUUGGUCGAUACUGCUGUCGCUGACUUAGCAAUCUGCAAUCUAUGAUAAAAUGCAAAAAUUUCCUUCUAAAGUGGUAACUAAAAAAUAAACAAUUCAUCUUAAAUUUUAACAUAUUUUCAUAACCUUAUUAAAAAGUAUGUUAAGUACCAGACGAAUUCAAAAUGUAGCUAAAUGAAGAUCUUGUGGAUCUCCAGAACCAUAAGCAAGCAGUAAUUCGUACCUAAAAAGAUGAGAUCUCUGGACCAGUGAUCGGCACAAAAAUAACGUAAUACAUGAGUAAAUGUAUUGUAAAAUUAAACGAAUUUUCUGAAUGUGUUUCACUUUUGAUAACUUUAACAAAUUUCGCUCACAUUCGAGGUCUUUAUAUCUGAAUAAACAAUUACUAUCGGGCUUGGUGGCAAUAAGUGCCCACCACUGCUCUAGACACGUGUUAAAGACAUACAAUCGGAAGAGCUUCGUAGGUCAAAAAUAAAUAUGUGUGUCCCUACAUUGACUAUGUCGAUCUUCAUAGUUGUUUGUCCCCUUUUAUUAAAGUUCAGAAGGAUGGAAAUUGAUCUCAUGAUCGUUUUUACGGGACAUGAACUUACUAUAAAAUGGACUGUAAGUUUUUCCUUUCAGAAGCGAACAAGACAAGUAACUGAACUAACCUAUGUAAAAUACAUAUUUUGAAUAUGUUUGUAGUGAUCUUAAUUUUAGAUUAAAAUUUAUCUAAAAUCUAUCAACUUUUUUAUCAACCUACUUUCAUUGCCCAUUCUACUAGGUACUUUAAGAAAACUUAAAACCUUUUCAAAUGCAACACGAUCAUUCAAAUAGAACAACUUAGCAAAUAAGAAUACUUAAAACCAUUUUAAAUGCAACACGAUCAACAACUAAGCAAAUGAGAAAAUGAGGUUCAAAUACGACAAAAUAUUAAAAAUUCUUUGAACAUUUAUUUCAAAAAAACAAAGAUAACUGAUUGAUUGGUUCCUCAGUAAAAGGAACUGGUUCUAGUUCAAAUUUUCUACUUAAUUUUACAAAGAAUUCAAUAUCGAUAUUUUCAUUAUUCUGAAGCGAAAUUUCUGCCAAGACCUUUCAAAAUUUAUCCUCAUAUUUCAAAUAUUUCCUCAUAAAUGGUUUCAAAACUACAUAAAAAGUCAUCAAUUUAAUAAAAUGGAUUGCAAUUCAAACAAAUCAUAUUAAAACCUCCCAAAAAUUGCGCAAUAAAGUUAAUUUUCCUACAAAAAGUAACUGUUUUCAGGCCAAAUUAAAAAAAAACUAUCACCUAAAUACAAUUAUAAAUUAACAUUUUUAAAAAGAAAAAUAAAAUCUAGAUUUAAUUAUUUUAAAUUAAAGAAAAUCAGCUGAAAAGAAUUUUAAAUAUUUUUUGGCUGAAAGAAUAUUUUUUUAUACUAACCAUAAAUUAAAACUAAAAAAAAAUAGACAAUAUCCAAUAUACAAUUGAAAAAAACUGCAACCAAUACAAAUGGACCAGCCAAGAAACAAAAUUUAAAAGAUAAAAAGUUUAUUGAGUAAAAAUUAAACCCAUCCCAAUAAGGGUUUUUCAUGGAAUUCAAAUUUAAAACAAAUAUAAUUUCAGCCUGGAUUCCAGUGUCAAGCAAUUGAAUUAUAGAUCUAUUACACUUUAUAUCAACAUAAUUCUGCAAAUUAAAUUCAAGUCAAAUGAUUUUUGUUUGAAAAACUCUUCAAAAUUUUCAAGUAUAAUUCAAGUAAAAAUCCAAGAAUAUUUUCCAGUGCUUGAAUUUUUAGGUUCUUAAUGUUUAUUGGGAUUUCAAUUAUUAAAUAGUAAUAAAUUUUAAAUAUUAAAAAAAAAUUGAAAAUCUAAAAUCAAGUCAAUUAAGGGCCAAGUAGAAUCAUUUAAUUAAGGCUUUUAGAAAAUUAAAUAUCUGAAUAUAAAUCAAAUGAAAUUAUCUGACACUUAUUAAAUGACCCUUUUAAAUUAAACCCACUUUACUAAAACUAAAAUUAAAUAGUAAUAAAUAUAAAAUACUAACGAUAAAAAAAGAAACAUAAAAAAGUAUUGAAAAUCUAAAAACAAGUCAAUUCAGGGCUAAGUUGAAUCAUUUAAAUAAGGUUAAAAAGGAAAUUAAAUAUAAUUCAUUAAAUUUGCUAAAAUCUUAUUAAAUGAUUUAACAAAAUCCUUUUAAAAUAAAAAAAACAUAACAAAACCAAUAAAUAAAAGUACCUAGUGGCUGUAAUUCUAAUAAAAUUAUUUGUAAUAUUUUUAAUUAAUUUUUAACUUUAAUUUAAAAUUACCUUUUGUGUUUAUUCAAAAUCUGUUAUAUUAGCUCAGUAAUUUUUGUUGCGUUCCUAUAUUUUACAAUUAUUUCUUAAUAAUUGUUAAUUAUAAGACAAUGUAUUAAAAAGGAUUUAAAUAUUGAUUUGAAAACUUUUUAUAAACAAAUUAAAAUCUACAAAAAGUACACUUUAAGAAAAACUGAUUUUAUUUGAACUAUUCAAAGGUUUUAAUUUUAAAAUUUAACCACCUUUUUCAAAAUACAUAAUAUAAAUAUUUAUAAAAUUACCGAAAAAAAAGCUUUAAAAAUUAACCAAAAUUUUGUAUUAACAAUCACGUUUGUGUAAAAAAAAGACCAAAAUAUUAAUUGAUAUUUUUUUUAAUAAUAAUAUGUGUAGUUAUUAUUAAUUUUAAUUAUAUUUUUUUUGAAAAUAGUUUGUAUGAUUUUUGAGUUGCUUUAAUUUUUAAUUUAAUCAUUUAUUGGCUUGCCCCUAAUAUUGUUUAAUUUUUAUUUUAUUAAAAAACUCUAAUCAGAUUUACAUUAAUUGUAAAUUUAUUUUAUAAAUAAACUUGAAAUUCAAUUUUACAAUAAAUAAUUAAAAUUAUUUUAAGAUUUAAAUAAAAAAAAUAAAAA